AUGGUGCCGAUGGAUCCUAGGAGAACUCCUUUCCACUUCGAGAUCCAUCCUCCUUUCCUCGGCCGCACUAUGCCUUCUGUACUUACAAGAUCUGGAAGCGCGACGACUUUGCGCAACAACUCGUUAGCCGAAUUUGACGAAGGCGGAGAAGAGCGCAUUGGUCGGGCGAAGCCAGGAGAAGAGGGAAUUGAUCAGCGAAUGGAAAGCCAGAUUCUACGAGCUCCACAACAUCUCUUCAACUUCCAAUCGAGGAAAUUCGUCAAUUCCAGUAGCGAAUUUGCCGGCUGCCGACACCGCUCAAGAAACGACAAGUUUUGA